UUCAAAAAGAUGAUGAAAGACUUUGAGGAGAUAAAUCUCAAACACACAUCCUUAACAGAAGAGAACAAACUAUUAAGUGAAGAGAAUCUCAAGUUGACUGAAAGUCGGAAAAGUCAACUGAAUGAGAUCACUCAACUCAAGACUGAAAAUGAAUCUCUCUUUGAAAAGGUGAAAUCCCUUAACAAAGAGCUAGGGAUACUCAAGUCCCAAGAAGCAGUGAACAAGCUGCUUGAAACGACCAAACAUAAGGGUCGCAAAGGACUUGGGUUUGACUCCUCUAGUUCCAAAAGGAAAGGGAAGACAACUUUCAUCCCUCCUAAACCUACUGCCAAAGCUAAUAAGCAGAAAGGGAAGGAAAAGGAGAAACCAACAGAAGCUCCCAAAAAG